CAUCCGCAGUCCGGCUCGGCGUUCGAACAUGGCAGACAAGACGAAGGUUGCUGAACAAUACUACGCCCCGCCGCCGGACCUAGGCAAAUGGGAGGCCUUCAGGAUCUUCCUGUGGAACUCGGAGACAGGGCAGUUCCUCGGCCGCACGGGAUCCAGUUGGGCCAAGAUCCUUCUGUUCUAUCUCAUCUUCUAUGCUAUCCUCGUGGGAUUCUUCGCGGCCAUGCUGGCCAUCUUCUACCAGACUCUGGACUCAAAGAUGCCCAAAUGGCAGAUGGAUAGUUCGCUGAUCGGCAGUAAUCCUGGUCUGGGCUUCAGACCGAUGCCCGACUCAGCCAACGUGGAGAGCACGCUCAUCUACUACAGGGCCAACGACAAGGGAUCCGUGCUCAAGUGGGCCACCGUCAUUGAUCAGUUCCUUGACCAGUACCGCAAGAAGGGCAGUGGUGGCGGCGAGGCGUCUGGGGCGGAGAAUCGCGUGCCCUGCACUCCCUUGACCGGUCCCCUUGGUGAAAGGCAGGUGUGCGACGUGCCCGUCGACAAGUUCAACCCCUGCACCUCCACCAACCAGUACAACUUCGAACAGGCCGGACCCUGCGUCUUUCUCAAGCUCAACAAGAUCUUCAACUGGACCCCUCAACCCUACAAUACUACUGAGGAUCUUCCCACGAACAUGCCAGAGGACCUCAAGCAUCACAUCAAGACCAUGGAAGGGAAACCGGACGCCAACAUGGUGUGGGUGUCGUGCCAGGGCGAGAACCCCGCGGACGUAGAGAACAUCGGACCCAUUCAGUACAUCCCUGGCCGGGGCUUCCCCGCCUACUACUAUCCUUUCACCAACAAGGAGGGCUAUCUCAGCCCCCUUGUCGCUGUGCUGUUCGAAAAGCCCAGGACCGGCGUCCUGAUCAACAUCGAGUGCAAGGCGUGGGCCAAGAACAUCUUCUACGAUCGGUACGAGCGGCGCGGCUCCGUGCACUUCGAGCUGAUGGUGGACCGCUCCUAAGCGACCUGGUUAGAGCCAGGGCCGGGCUCCGCCGCGCGACCGUCAGUUGGCGCCGAGGCGUCCGACCGCUCCACACGACUGCCACUACCUGCCGCCCGCCAAUUGACCGUCGCCUCGUGUAGCCGCUUUCAUUUUUAACUUUGUCACAAAUAAAUAGUCAAGUUUAGGUAUGGAACGCUAAAAGCGAUUGGCCGCCAAGCCAGAAGCCGCAGGAUGCCAAGCCAUGUUCGGACACGCCCGGCGCCGGCUGCCAAGCGCCGUUAGCAAUAGAGCCACAUAGUCGGCGGUUUAUUUAUAUUCGUUUUAGAAUAGCCAGAGGGCGCCACUGAUUUCAAGUUUCGUUUACACGCUUAAAGUUUUAAACUAUUAAAUAAUGUUUAUUAUGUAAUGUUUUCUGGACGGAGAGUCAAUAAAUAUGCAA